GGGCUGGACUGGGCGGUGUCAGCGGAGGCCCUCGUCAGGCGCGUCCGCCGCGCGACACCCGGGCAGCUGCGGCGCCGACGAGAGCGGCAGCGGGGAGGUCCGCCAUGGAGACCCGCUAUAACCUGAAGAGCCCGGCUGUUAAACGAUUGAUGAAAGAAGCCGCAGAAUUGAAAGAUCCAACAGAUCAUUACCACGCUCAGCCUCUGGAGGAUAACCUUUUUGAAUGGCACUUCACAGUUAGAGGGCCCCCAGAUUCCGAUUUUGAUGGAGGAGUUUAUCAUGGACGCAUAGUACUGCCACCAGAGUACCCCAUGAAACCACCCAGCAUUAUUCUGCUGACGGCUAAUGGACGAUUUGAAGUGGGCAAGAAGAUCUGUUUAAGCAUCUCAGGACAUCAUCCUGAGACCUGGCAGCCUUCAUGGAGCAUAAGGACAGCCCUGCUGGCCAUCAUUGGGUUUAUGCCAACUAAAGGAGAGGGAGCCAUAGGUUCUCUAGACUACACGCCCGAGGAGAGGAGAGCACUUGCCAAGAAAUCACAAGACUUCUGUUGUGAGGGCUGUGGCUCUGCCAUGAAGGAUGUCCUGUUGCCUUUAAAAUCUGGAAUCGAUUCAAGCCAGGCUGACCAAGAAGCCAAAGAACUGGCUAGACAAAUUAGUUUUAAGGCCGAAGUCAAUUCAUCUGGAAAGACUAUCGCUGAAUCAGACUUAAACCAGUCUUUCUCACUAAAUGAUUCACAAGACGAUUUACCUACAACAUUCCAGGGUGCUGCAGCAAGCACAUCGCUCAGGCUAGCCUUGGAUUUACCAUCCUGUCGUCACUCUGAGUGCUGCUGUUACAAGUGGGAUCCACCAUACCCAGUUAACAAGUGGCUGUUGAAACGAAUGUCAAGCUUCAGACGGGCAUUCUGCAAUAUGGCGCCCAGAAUCCAUCAGGAGCACCCUUGCCACAACCUACCCAGCCAGCUCCUAAGAAUACCUCCAUGAGCCCUCGGCAACGUAGAGCCCAGCAACAGAGUCAGAGAAGGUCGUCUGCUUCCCCCGAUGUACUCCAAGGCCAGCCACCAAGAGCCAACCACACGGAGCACGGCGGGUCAGCCAUGCUGAUCAUCAUCCUGACUUUGGCACUGGCAGCUCUCAUCUUCCGACGGAUAUAUCUGGCCAACGAGUACAUAUUUGACUUUGAGUUAUAAUGCUGGUCUAUGACUUCAGAGCUGUGACUCAGUUGCGUCAUUAAACAUUCUGCAUUGGGUAUAACCUAAGGAUUGUUUACAAAAGAUUAUUUUGUAUUUACCCUUCGUUACUUUUUUUAUUGUUAUAAAUUCAUUGUGCUAUAAGUAGACAUUCAGGCUGUGGCCCAGCAGUGUGUCGGAAGCCAUAGUCCUUGUCUUACUAUUUAAUCUACUUCACAGACAAGUAACUUACUGCGGUUGCUCACACCCACGCUGCUUUUCUACAGAGCGCAGUGCUUUUCUGUGUGUCCUUUGGCAUUCUCAGCUAAGAAGGUGUUUCCAUUGAGUGUUAUGGCUCCUCAGUCUCGCCUGUGAGUCCUUCUCUAGUUAGACAGUGAGGGAGAAGAUGGCGGUGGGGCACACUGCUCACUGUCUUCUUGAGCAGUGUCAUUCAUAGGAGAGACAUGGACGGGGAUCGCCCACUCUGUCAUCUUUGUACUGGAAACUGUGUGCAGUGAGAAUGAUUUUAUUUCAGACAUUUAUGAAGAUCUUUGUUAUAUUUUGUUUUGGAUUUUACUUGAAGAGGAGAGACUCUGCAGCACCUUGGUAUGCGCCAUCCCCAAUAUGGACACAAAUGAAAGAAACAGGCUUCCACAGCCUUCUCAGGCCAGGGUCCAAGCCAAGCAGUUGUUUGAUUUUUCCUUCACAAGUAGGUGAGGAGGUCACCAGGUUUGAAUCUUUACUUUGAUCUGACAUGGUUUGAAUUUUAUGCCCUGCUCUGUAAUCACUCUAGCUUUUCAGUAUUCCAGAGAUAUGCUUAGUAUUCAAAUUUUAAUAGGAAACUCUGGGCCCAAGGUACAGCGAUGGAUUAACCACAAAUAAACCUUUAUUUAGAACUGUUCACUGGCCUAAGAAACAUGUAAUGAAGAAUCCAUCUACCCUUAGUGCCAGCAAGUGCCCCAGACGCUGACCUGUACUCUUGUCAUCACAGUGCCUAGUGAGACUGCUCAGGACAAGGUUGCCUUCCCAUGCUCCUUCAGCAACCUCGAGGCACUUCGGAGGGCCCUGCAUUGCUGACUCGACUGUCCCCAGCUUUUAAAUAUAUCAUGCUCUUGAAGCCCAUUUGGAAGUUUGUUUUUGUUUUUUGUUUUUUUUUUUAAGGAGAACUGAAUAUAAAUGGUAUUUGGGUUCAGUCCACAACUGUUAGCUCAUGCAUCUUUUAGGUAUGUGUGGGAGGGUAGUUGUAAAGUCCUCAUGUGGUUUUAACUAAAUAUAAUUAUCGGCAAGAUAAAACAGCUCGCAAAAUCACUUUAAAGGUGAGCCUGGUUCUCACUCCUGUCAUGUGAUGUUGGGAUCUGUUGCCACUGAAGAGAAUUCCCCUUUGUAUUUGGUAGCUGGGUUUUGUUGUUACUGUUGUUAUCUUAACACCAGAAGUUUUAAAAGGGACCGAAUGCUAUAUAUAAUAUAAUCUUCCAGUUUAAUAGAGUAGAUUUUUAUAGUUAUUUAAGGAUUGUUUAUAGAUGAGGUUGGCAAAAAUCUAAAAAGCCCAAGGACUUUGUGAAGACUUCAUGUAAGGAAGACUAUAGAUUACCAUUUUAAAAAUAAUGUUCUUGCCAUGAAAAAGCAUAUUCUUAGUUUAUAAUAUGAGAAACUGUGGUUCCAUGAUCUAGUAAGAAGUCAGUAACGCCGUGGGAAGCCUGGGUGGCCUUCCCACUUAGGAGAAGAACCCUGGCGCUGUCGCCCUGGGCUGAGACAGCUCAUAUGCUAGAGCCGUGCCCCUCCAGUCAUCCCCCUCCAGUUAGGCCUGGCUAGUGUUUGGAGGGAGCUCUGCGGUCUUGCUGUGCUUCUGUGGUCACUUGUGCUGGGUGUGGAGGGAGAUCUCAUCCACUCCCUCACUGUCGCUAACUGGCUACCUCCUUAUGCAUGUUGGCAAUUUUUAGCACCUGAUACAUACAUCAAAGUGGUACGUUUUGUUUUUACCCAUGAUCCGCUAUCUAAAAAUUUUCCUCCAACCCCCACCUUGGGGUUAGUGGACUCAUGGAAGGCCUCUGUUGUCAAAGCCUCAGUUUAACCCCCCAGAUCCGGCAUAAGGCACAAACCAUGUAGAAGCUGGUAGGUAGGUCUUAAAUUCUUGUCUCCCCAGUUCUCAGAUUCAAAACUCAAGGCUUUUUCACUGACCAGCAUAUCAUAUGACUACACAUCAAAUUAGUCAAAAUAGCAUGCUUGAAAAAAUAUGCCUGUUUUGCUUGUAGCAGUCUAGCCCGCGGGAGCCUUCCAGAUCUGUAUGUGGGUGGGGCUCUGAUGUAGCACUUUACGUUUUCUUGCUGCUGCUGUUGGUUUAUUCUACUGAAAUAAAUGAUUUCAUCAAGCUUCUCAGUGAA